AUCAUUUUAUGCUUCUUGUAUGCCGAUGCAGAGUGAAGGGUGGAAGUAUGUCCUAACAGUUCAACGUAUCAACUCCAAUGCAACGCGGCCUACAGAGGAAACAACCUGCAGCCAGCAACAUGCACUGAAGCAAAGGAAACAGAAGCAGCGGCAGCAGCUCGGUUAGAUCUGGGAAAUGUGCAGCGCCUCUACUAAGUCAGAGUCACGUUAACCGAGUUGGACAACACAUCCAUCAGACACACACACAGACAGACACACACACACACAGACACACACACACACAGACAGACAGUCUGACGGACAGACAGUCAGACAGUUUGACGGACAGACACUGAAGAAGAGCUCGGCCGGUCUGAAUGUGAACUGAAACAGCCGAGAUGAGGAGAAAUCGGAAGAAAGGAGUGAACAAAGACAAGGUGUUUGGAUGUGACCUGCUGGAGCACCUGACCACCUCCUCUCAAGAGAUUCCCCAGGUCUUGCAAUGCUGCAGUGAGUUUGUUGAGAAGCAUGGCGUCGUGGACGGUAUCUACAGGCUGUCUGGAGUGUCGUCCAACAUACAGAAACUCAGGGGCGAGUUUGAGAGCGACGGGAGUCCAGAUCUGAACAAGGAUCUGUACCUGCAGGACAUCCACUGUGUCAGCUCUCUGACUAAAGCUUAUUUCAGAGAGCUGCCCAACCCUCUGCUCACAUACCAGCUGUAUGACAAGUUCGCUGAGGCUGUGGCCCUCCAGCUGGAGGAGGAGAGGCUGGUGAAGAUCAGAAAUGUUCUGAAAGAACUACCAGAACCUCAUCACAGGACUCUGCAGUUUCUGAUGCGCCAUCUGGUCAAAAUGGCCUCAUUUUGCUCAGAGACCAACAUGCACUCCAGGAACUUGGCCAUCGUCUGGGCCCCUAAUCUGCUCAGGUCAAAAGACAUCGAGGCGUCUGGGUUUAACGGUACAGCGGCCUUCAUGGAGGUCAGGGUUCAGUCCAUCGUCGUGGAGUUCAUCCUCACACACGUGCCUCAGCUGUUUCCUGAAGAAGAUGCAUCCAGUGAGAGAAGGAAGUCCCUCCCCUCGCCGUCAGCAUUACCCAAUCAGGACGAAGGGCUUUUCAAAGGGCCUGUCCAUCACUUUGGUAAUAUCAGUCCAGGAGACGGUCCUCUACCCAUGAGACCCUACCACGCUAUCAUCGAAGGCACCGACAAGAGGAAAGGAUCUCUUAAAGGCAGGAAGUGGAUGUCCAUCUUCAACAUCGGAGGUCGAUUUCAAGAUCCACGACGGAGGCACAAACUCUCAACGAAAGAGAAAGAAAUGCCUGCUUUGAGACCAGCCAGAAGCAUGGACUCGCUCAGCAACCCGCCGUAUCCAAUCGAAGCUUCCAGACGUCCCUGCCAGCGCCCUCCCUCCACCCACAUGUCUCCCCUCGUCACCCCCUCCCCGCAGCCGGCCUCCGAGGUCCCUGCCUCCCCCGGAGCGAUAGGUGGGAGUGAAUACGCCGUGACCUACCGCAGGGGAACAGGGCUGGUGAGCGGGGGCGCGGGGACGCAGGGCACCUACACCUCCCUGGACCCUGAAGGCUUGUCUGGAAACGAGACCCUACUGUCCAGAUCCCCAGGACUCUCCACUAAAGUGGGCCGGAGAGCAGCCAUGCACAUCACGGGGCCCACCAUGGUGACCGUGCCCCUGCAUAUCACCUCGAACCUGGCUUUAGGGGUGCUGCAACGGGGCGGAGACAGUGUCAUCCACAGAGGAAGGGAUAAGGAAGGAGGGGAGAGGGUGGAAGGUAAGGAGGGAGGAGAGAAGGUGGAGAGGAGGGAAAGCAAGGCCAUGGAGAGGAAGGUGGCAGAAAGACAAAAGGUUGAGGAGGAGGAGGAGAAAAGUCAUCGAGGGAAAAUGAAAGUGAGAGAGGUGGAGGAAGUAAUGGAAGCAGAAGGGGAUGUGGUGAUAGGAAGUGGAAGGGAUGAAGAUAAGAAAGAAGAGGAGAAGGAGGAGGAAGAGGAAGAGGAGCUGGUGGUGGAAGACCAAGCUGUGUCCAAAGAGCUGCGAGCCAAAAGCCUGACAUCCAACACGGAGGAAGAUAACGCCGUGGAUGAUGACAAUGAACUUGAUGAAUACAUGGGCCAUGCUUCAUUUACAGAGAUGAAAGAUGUGCGGCCAGCUGACUGCGACUCGGCUGCGACUCAGCGUGAUGAUGGUUGUGUGUUCGAUGACGCCCUCAACUCAACCCUAGUGGACGGGGACCACCACGAGAUGUCCGGAUACGUUCAAGAUAACUUUGAGUUCCUGGACCAAAUGGACUGCAACAUGGAUCACAUGGACUGCAGUGUGUCCUACCAGGUGAACGAGUUCUCCGUGGAGCCUCCCGGUCACUCGGACGAUGAGUAUGAAGUCAUGGAUCCUUCAGAGCUCCAGACAGAGUUAAAACCAACGAGGCCGCUCAGCAUGGACUCGUACAACCGACACACUAAAUCCCUCAGCCUGCCCUACCUGACCUCACCCAUCCUGAGGCUGGAGGACUCCGGCUCUGAAGAGGACGCAGCAGCGUGCGACAGCGAUGAGUACAGCAGCGAGGAAGACGAGAGCAUGUUCAUAAAGAGCCUCCCCGCUGAAUUCUUUUUCAACAAUUUGACCUUUGAUAGAGACACUGAUAAUCAGGAAGCUGGUGGUGGAGUUCCUGAACACCAAUCACAGAGCUGUGCUGACAGAGGACCCCAGUCUCUGUGCUUUGGGUUCCCUGCAUGGGAAGAGUCAGCUGCUGUGGGUCUGGAGCAGGAAGAAGGGAACGAUGAAGGAGGUAAAGAUGGACCUGAAGAAAAGGAGAUGACAGAGAAGGAAGAGGGAGAUCACCAGGGAAGAGACCAUCUGGAAAACGACGGGCAAAGCAAAGCAACAGAGGAAGAAGUCAUGGAGGAUUCUCAGAGUGACGAAGACGAACCUCUCACUCCAGAAGCAUUUUCUCACUGCUUCUACGACUUUCCACCGCCCAUCGAUGAGGACUUUUUGGAGGAGGCGGACAUGUUGGACAAUCAUCACAGCGAUUCUCCACCUAGUCAUGAAGUGGUUAAUGCCACACAGGAAGAAGCUGAUGAUGCUUGUUUAGAGGAGAUCAGAGACUGUUCGCCAACAGAGCCACCAACGAAGGAGAGAGACAGUGAUGAGGGAGAGGAAAGAGAGGUAUUCAAAGAAAUAGAGAGUGAAAGUGAAGAUAUGGAAAUAAAAGAAAGUGAUGAGAGCUUAGCGGCAGGAAGUUCUGAGAAAGGAAUUGAAGUUGAGGAAAUACUUGAAGAGAAGCCGCAGGGAGGUGACACAGAGCAAGAAAGUGAUGUUUGUAGGACAAGCAGCGAAAUAUGGGCUGAACUUGAGGAUGUUAUAUGUGAAGUGAUCGAGGAUGAGGAGAGUACACAGGUGGAGGAGAAGGAUGACAGAGAGAGUGUUUCUGGGGAAGGUGAUGUGACUGAAGAUGAUGAAGAAGAAGAGGAAGAGCAGGGGGCAGAGGUUUCAGAGGAAAUGGUGGAAGUCGAGGAAGUAGAGACAAACGAGACAGAAGUCAGAGUAGAGGAAGUUGAGGAAGUAGAGUCAAACGAGACAGAAGCCAGAGUUGAAGAAGUUGAGGAAUCAAUGGAGACGAUUGAAGAAAAACUCCCAGACACAGAAGUGCAGCGAGAAGAAGAGACAGACGUACCGAAGACAAGUGAACCAGAGGAAGGGAUUCAGGGGGAGCACGCCAUCACUGCCGAAGAUCCGCAUCAAGACGGGGAAGAAGUAACUUCCAAAGAGAACAAUGACAAAGCUGAUGAGCAACGUCAAGUGCAACUAUGCAUAGAUAAACAUAUAAAAGCGCUGAAGUGUGAUGUAGAGGCGAGUCGAGAGGGCAGAAAGGGAGAGGAAGGGGACAGCAGCUUGGGAGGGGUGGGAAGGAAGAUUGUCAUCUCUAAAAGUCCGAAGGUUUACCAAGUGAAAGCCGUGCCGGUGGUGCCUCCGAAGCCUCAGCACUGCAGGUUCACUGCGCUGAACAUCCGGCAGCAGCAGCAGCAGCAGCAGAGAGAGAGAAAAGAGACGCCGACAGAGAGAGAGAGAACGCAUCCAGAGGUGCAUCAGAGCAGGACGGUGCAGGAGACGGAGAGGAAGAGAAAAGAGAGAAGACAACACAAGAGAGGGAGAAGAGGAUGGAAGGGGAUGAAAGUAGAAACAGUCCUCUCAGCAUGUGUUUCGAUGAGGCUGUUGCUAUAGCGACCAUAAGGCGAGGAAAAGAGAAAGAGUGCGAGAAGGAGAAGGAGAGGCAGAAGGAUUGGGGAAAUGAAGUCCAGUAAAGUGUCUCUUUUGUGUUUCCACUGUACAAACUAUUUUUCUACGUGUAGCAUAUAUGGCUGUAUUAUUUUGAGUGGAGGUAUUGCCGCAGAUGCAAUGCUACUUAAGGGUGCUUUUGUGUUUUUUCUACCACACACAACUUGAUAGGCAGGCAGGAACUUGUAGGUUUUUAGAAAUAUAUAUAGGAUAUUUUUCAGAGGAGGAUUUUCAGAGAGUUAAGAAAUGGGGAUGAUAUGCAACAAAGGUACUUACUGUACUGUCAUUGUCAAAAGCGAACAGAGAUUAAAUACAAAUUGUGCUGCUGAAACAUGUUAACAUAUUACAUGCACAACUUAUCUCUGUAAAAGUUUAGAAGUAGAAAUUAAAUUAAUUAAAUAAGCUCACUCUUUGUUUGCAGUUGUCAUCCAAUUAUACAAUACAUUGCAGUAAAUGAACGGUUUGCAAGUAUAUGGUUAAAUUGUACAUUUGGAAGAGUGAAUGUGUAAUUUGUGAAAGUUAUAAUGUCUGCUAAAUACAUUGUUAGGGAUUAUGUGAAUAAAGAUAA